GGUGAACGAACCAACAAGGAAUUCAUGAAGCUUCCUGUGUUAAAAGACAAAUAAUAAUAUCGAGUGACUUCGUAGGUUUACAUCGCCCCAGCGCCGCCACCAUCAAGAGAUCUCGACAUCUCCAUCUCCACUCUAUGCAAUGUAGUCCACUGUAAACAAGUUGUAUAAACAUACACUCUCACACACAUCACCACCCCCUCUCCCUCGUCUCUCUCUGUCUUUCUCUCUCUCUCUCUCUCUCGCACGCACCACGCACUUGUCAUCGAUAAAUUUCCGGAUUUAUAGGCUCGGCUUGGAUUUUUGGUUUAGCAAAACUAGGAUUUUGAUUACUAAUGUUUUUCGCCAAACAACUGCGUAAGGAACAUUUCUUGUCACUGAUCUAUGAUGUCUAAUUCAGUGAAGCAGGUGAAGCAAAUUAUUGGCCGUAGGACACGGAGGAUUAGUGGCAAAUAUCAUUUAGAAUAUCUCAUUCGGUGGAAAGGCUUUGGUCACAAAGGAGACACAUGGGAGCCAGUCAGUAACCUGAAGUCUUGUCAAGUGUUGGUGCGCAAAUAUGAACGGCAACAUGGCAAAAUAUCACUUAGGAAUACAUCUGCCUGUAAAAUAUUAAAAAAUGCUAUCAAGUCUAAAAAGACACCUAAUUCUAAGAAAGUUUCUCCUGAUAGCAAGAGCAGGACUAGUGUAAAUGUGAAAAGAGAAAACGGUGUGAGUGAUGAGUGUACAGAAUGUGACAGUGACGAUGAUCUAUUAUAUUCACUUGUCUCAAAACCAACAAAACCAAAAAAAAAGAUUGAACCGAAAACUGUUAAAAAAGUGCCAAAGGCAACGAGUAAGAACUUUGAAACAAACGCCAGCUGCUCCAAAGUGCCAUUGACUGUGUUAGCAAGCAAAACCACAACUCCUUGUACCACCAAAAAAAAAGGGAUGAAGAGAAUGAAGUUACUGGAUAGUGUAAAGAAAAAUGAAUCAAAAGCAGUAAUUUCUGGAAUUACAAAUAAACCUGUCUCUGCAGUGACUGCUUACACUGCAGAUGUCAGCCAGAUCAAGCGUACCUCAUCCAUGAAUCCAGCCACCAUGUCAAUGGACACAUUGUAUGGAGAUGUGCCUGGAUUCCAGAUGUUGCCAAUGAUCCCGACCAGCCCAUCCACGAACACAUACCGUUUACUCAUGUCGAAAGUUCCUCCACAGCCUCACUUAAACAAGAAGCAUAAACGGAAAGAAGAGACUGACAGUAGUGAUGAAGAAUGUCAAACUCAAAUCGAACGCCGUCUCAGUGUACGCCAAAGUGAGUGUGCUUUUAGAUACAAAGAAAUCGUUGUCAAAAAAUCAAAGGGCUACACUCAAAUAUGGCUGAACACCCACACUGAACUAAGAAAUGCUUUAAAUCCACAGGUUAUUCAAGAAGUUGUGUCUGCCUUAAAUUCUGCCAAAUAUGAUGACAGUCAUCUUGUGAUGUUUUCCAGUCUUGGCAGUGUCUUUUGCUCUGGCAUAGACCUCCAUUUUCUGCUAACUGGUGAACGUAAGGUACAAGCCAGAAAAAUGGCAGAUGCACUCAGAGAGUUUACUAAGGCCUUUAUAACUUUUCCCAAACCAAUUGUGGCUGUUGUUCCUGGAGCUGCCAUAGGUACUGGCAUGGCUAUACUUCCUAUCUGUGAUAUUACAUAUGCCAGUGACAAAGCAACAUUCUAUUUACCUUAUUCUCAACUGGGACAGACUCCAGAAGCUUGUGCCUCUUACACACUUCCUCUUGCUGUUGGUAUUGCAAUGGCCAAUGAACUGUUGUUGGGUCGGCGGAAAGUAACAGCAACUGAGGCUCAUCAGCUGGGUUUAAUCUCUCAAGUCUUUUGGCCUACGUCUCUCAUGCAAGAGGUCAUACCUCGAAUUCAGACUAUGGCUAAUUCUUCAGCAAAGGCAAUGGAAGCAACUAAAUUAUUAGUACGCAGUCAUCAGCGCACGAAGCUUGAACUGACAAAUGAAACUGAAUGCAACUAUUUGUUUGAGAGAUGGUCGCAGCCUGAUUACCAAAAAGCAAUUCAUGAAUACUUAAGUGAUGAGAAAAACUUCUCAUAUUGACUGACUCCACUGUCAAUAUAGAGUCACAUGAUACUACUACUACUAUUGCUACUACUACUACUACUACAUUGACUAGAUGUUCUCGGUGGUUUAGUCUUUGACUUCUGUCUCAUUCAGCUUCCCACUACAUUGUAAGAACAUUGCCCAAAGUUUUAAUAUGCGUUCUUCACUGUCAACUAUCUCAUGUCUUCAUUGAACAUGCUAUCUGAUGGAUCAUACUCAUUUAACAAUGAAAUUUGAUAAAAAAAAAAAAAGAAAAAAGAUGAGUAAAAUAAAAUUCACACACACCUCACAAUCAAUAAAGAAAAAAGAAAACAGACUUCUAUUUCAAGGAUUAACAUGAUUUUUAAGUUAUCAUGUGUCAUUCUGCAAACUAUCACAAAUAUACAUGUAUCUGUGUGCAUGUGUUAUUACACGCACACACACACAUACACAUGUUUGGAUGUUCAAAUGUGAGAAUGCAUAUUCAAAGAGCUUUGAAUGAAUAAAAGGCAAAAGUGACUCAUUCCAGUGUUACUGUGAGUUUCUCACUGCAUUCAAUCCUUCAGAGAUAUAUAUAAAAAAAAAAAAAAGAAGAAAA